AAAAAAUUAGAAAAUGAUCCCCCUAAAAGCAAAAAGAAGAGUGAAGAAUCUAACUGCUCAGGAUAAUGAAGGAAAUCCGUUUAGUAGAAAAAAGCAUUCAAGAAUAUCCCAUACUAUCAACAAGAGUAAUUUGGUCAGUAUAAAUUGUGAGAGAAAUCUUUCUAAUGAAAAUGAUGCUAUGCUUACACAGAGCAACAGGCAGACAGUUAUGACAACUCUUAAGGGUAUUUUAAAAAGAACAUUUAAGAAUAAUCAUAUUGAAGAUUUGAAGCUACACACACUAAAUUAUUCCCAGAAGAAUUACUUAAAUAAGAUCAUUGAAGAGAGAAAAAGCUUGAUUCCAUUCAAGAUGCCACACAGAGAUGAAGAGUCCCACCAAAGAGAGAUACAAUAUAAACAGGUCACCCAGAGUAUGGCCGAGGCUGAACAGGAAAAGAGUCAGAAGUUAAACAAAACUGUAAACAAAGCCUCUAAGCUUCACUUGCCUGAACUGUCGACUAAUGUAAAUCCUCAGAUCCGAGCUUUUGACAAGCGGUUUAACUCCGUAAAGGCGAGUAAAUAACAAGAAAAUCGCAUUCUCAAGGCUACAAAAGGAGGAUCUUUCUACAGAAUCUCCCAAGAAUGCUAUAAAAUUUACUAGCAUCAAAGAGGCCCUCCCAGCUGCCUAUAUGAAGAAAUAAAUUAGAUCUGAAGAAAACAGAUGAUGAUGAGGAGAACAAACUCCAUGUGAAAAAGGUUAUUAAGAUGAAAAAUCCAAAACAGUGCUUCAACAGGACAAGACCAUCGAAUAGGAUCUCAGGCGGGAAGAGUUUUAAUAUGGCUCUGAAGUCUCACCUGAAGGAGGAGAAGCCUUACCUAAUCUCUGUGUCGCCAUCUAUGAAGAACUAUGACAGGAGUGUGAAGAAGCAGAUUCUUCGAAGGAAGUACUUCCUGAAUACAAGAGAUGAAGAAUUCAAAAUUGAAGAGCAGUAUGAAAACAGAGCUGCAGUUCAGAGGGUCAAGUAUAAGAAUGUCUGGCACCCUGUCUUCUGUCAGUCAGCUACUCUGACCAACCUCAAAGGCUACAGCUACCUUAUCGGUGGGGUCAACCACUCUGUGAUAAAGCAAGUCUGCCGUAUAACUGAUACUGAUCCUGAGUACCUAUGGAAGGUUGAGAAAGAUGAUGAAGAAAUCAUUCUUCAGAGAUAUGGGCAUACUUGUAAUUUGUAUAAAGACUCAUUGGUGAUCUUUGGAGGUCAAAGAGGAUCAGGAAGCAAAAAGGUUAAAAGAAUAGUGCUGAAUGACCUUUGGAUUUACCAACCACAAUCAAGAAGAUUAGAGCAAGUUCAUACAAUAAAUUGUCCAGAUCUCAGGUACGGCCACUGUGCAUGCAUUGCUGGUGAUUACUUGGUAGUUUAUGGAGGAUGUAACGAGAUGGGAGAUGUCCUCUCAGACCUUGCAGUCCUAAAUCUUAUCACCAAAAAGUGGAUUAAUGUUGAAAUUAUUAAUUCUAAAUCCUCUCAAAAUCCAAGAGGCAUUUGUUUUUCAAGAAUGGUGUCAAUAUUUUAUAAUGGAAGAAGGAAAAACCCUGAAAAUGAGUUCUUCGCAAGUUAUGAGCAGAACCAAUACAUUGACCCUUACUUACCGAAAUCAAAGCGAGAGAAGCAGAAGGACAAUGAUAUAAUUCUUGAGGGUUGCUAUAUGUUUGGUGGUAUCACUGAUGACAAUGACAUUAUCGGCCACCUUCACAUCCUCAAGAUACAAGAAGAAGGGAAGAAAUUCGAAUGGGAAAAGGUGGAAGAAUACAAUGGCAAGGCUCCUUGUGAAAGAUCUCACCAUUUUAUGGAGUACUUUGCAUUUAACAACUCUAUACUGGUAUUUGGAGGAAGAAAUGAUCAUCAGCUAGGAUCUUCUGUGCUGAAUGAUAUGUACUUCUUACAAGUUGAUACACUUACAUGGAUAAAUGUUGAUUUCGUCAACAAAAAUCCUGCUUCAAGAUUUUCCCAUGCUUGAGGAAUUCAAGGUUCAAAGUUAAUCAUUUUUGGAGGAGUCGGGAGUAAUUUCGGAAUGGAACAAUCGGUUGAAAUAAUAGAAUUUGAUCCUGAGAAAUUUUCAAAGUGUAAUUUCACCAACAUAUUACACUAACCAGAAGAAUGGUUGGUGGCUGAAAGCCCCUAAGGAUGUCAUCGAUAGUUUUAAAUAAAUAGAAUUCAUAAGUA